AUGCCUAGAUAUUCAAAAUUCCUUAAGGAUAUUUUGAGUGGCAAGAGAGAGUGCAAUGAUAUAGAUUCGGUAGUGCUUGCUGAGUGUUGUAGUGCAUUGAUUCAAAAUGACUUACCAAAGAAGAUGAAAGAUCCGGGAAAUUUCUCUAUUCCUUGCAAAAUCAAGAGUAAAUUGUGUGACUUAGGUGCUAGUGUUAUCAUUAUGCCUUACUUGGUGUUCAAGAAGCUUAAGCUAGGAGAACUUCUUCCUACGAACAUGACCUUACAAUUGGCUGAUAGAUCUAUUAAGUUCCCAAAAGGAAGAGUUGAAGAUGUUUCCCUUAGGAUAGGUGGUUUCACAAUUCCUGUAGAUUUUAUUGUGCUAGAAAUUGAAGUGGAUGACCACAUUCCUAUUAUUCUAGGGAGACCGUUCUUAGCUACCUCAGGUGCUCUAAUAGAUGUUAAAGGAGGUCGUAUCACUUUAAGAGUUGUAAUGAAAAAGUAA